AUGGCUGCGAUCGGCGGUCAGGCUCUAGGGGUGGUUCUUGGGGUCUUACGCCCAAACUCCGCAAUUUCCGCACUGACUGCGAGAGAGGCAGUAUCAGCAAAGUCUAAUCGUGAGGACUUUAACAAAGGAAUUAUUCCCACUGCUUCCGGGUAUUUCCACUGCCAUGUGAUUUUUGCCUUUAUCUAUUACGGUGUAUUGGCUCCUGCAAAUCCCGAAGGUAGCUAUCGUGUAUCAGCUAGCCUGCGCUAUUGCGUCAAAACAAAUAUACCAACCUACUGUACCCCAGAGACGCCUGUGAUUGGUGAACUGAGAUGA